GGCUGCUCUCAGGGCCUGGCAGAGAGAGUACAAGAGCUUGGAGCACUGGUGGUGCCAGAAAGGAGGCACUCAAACGGGGACAGGGACAUGUCAAAUGGACAAAGGAGAAGGGGGCCCCACGUGCCAAAUCUGGGACAAGUUAAUUUACACCAUUUAUCUCCUUAAGGUUCUAACAAUUCCAGUUAAGAGACAGAUUGUUAUAUUGGAGAACAAAAGGUAACUAGGCUGUUUUUAAAACACAUCUAAAACAAAGAUAUAGAAAGGAUUUAAGAUGCAGAAAAAGAUACACAUUAACUAGAAGAAAGCUUGUGGUAGCUAUCUUGAAAUGCCCACUUAAAGAAACAUGGCUUGUGAGUGCUCCGCGUGCUUGCCGCAGCCGUCGCCUCCGCUGCGACCAAGAUGGCAGGGAGACUCGCCACCUUCCUCAAGGAUGCCUGGGCCAAGGAGCCGGUGCUGGUCCUGUCCUUCACCAUCGGGGGCCUUGCUCUAAUUCUGCCCACCCUCAGCCCCUUCACCAAAUAUGCCACCAUGAUCAACCAGGCCACGCCCUACAACUAUCCAGUGCCCCUCCGAGAUGAUGGGAACAUGCCCGACGUGCCCAGCCACCCCCAGGACCCCCAGGGCCCAAGCUUGGAGUGGCUGAAGAACUUGUGAGCACCCCCGGUGACAUGGAGGAGGCCCCUCCCCUGAGCCAAUAAAAUGUGAAAAGCGACCCCAGAAAAAAAAAAAGAAAAAGAAACACGGCUUGCAAUUGUUCGAAACAAAAAAGCUGGCACUCAAACCUCAGCAAAAAGUUUUACGGCUGG